AUGUCCAGAAUUCAAUUAAUAGUCAAUUCAGAAUAUUUUCUAAGAGAAUCUCCACAUCCCCAUUUAUUUGUACAAUUAUUAAGUUAUUUAUCAAAAGAACACGAAUUAGGGGUACUUUUGGUUGGUCUAGAUGCUCUACACUCUUUUUUGGAAUUAUUUUCUGCUAGCGAAGUUUUUGGUUCUUUAAUUGUCCAUUUAUUACCUGUCAUUUUACAAUUGGAUAAACAAUUGGUCAUUGCUGCUAAUGAAGGGACCGACCCGGAAGUGGCUGCCCUUUGGCUAUUGAACCCGCUUAGAUUGGCAAAGCUUUAUCAGUUGAGGUGUUCUGCUAAUUUGGGGACUUGUGCUGAACAUAAACAGGUCCAUAAAUGGUUAUUAUACCCGACAGCAUUAACCUCCGACAAUUACCAACAAUUAACAGCAAUUUGUCAUCAUUUAUUUAAACAUUCUGACAAUUCCGAAUUGAAUUUAUUAUCUAAUUUGCUUAAACAACCCCAAUCUAUAGCUUUACAUUCGGUUAUAAGACAUUUAUCUUCUCGAUGUGUUCAAGACGAAAAAUUAAUUAAACAAGCUGUGCUGGAUAUUAUAAAUACUAGAAAUGCUAUUGUUUAUUCAAAUUCUUUAAAAAACAGUUACACCCUAAAUUACAACAAAAAAUUUCGAGAAAUUUUUUGGACACUACUAUCCACCCAAUUAAACAUCCAAGAAAGGCAAAUACUUUUUGCUGUAAAUACAGGAAAAUCUGACCGAAUGGCUAGAAAUUUGCUUCAUUCAGUUCACUCUUUGGGUGAAUUAAAUUUAAUCGAGAGAAUAUUGUUAAAUCAAUGGCCAGAUAAAUUACGUUUAGAAAUUGAUUAUCUUCGAAGAAAAUUUUCUUGGAUUGAAAGGGAAGGAAAUGAAUUAAUUAGAAAAUACCUCAUUAGAGAAACACACCAAAGGACUUAA